AUGGGCUCAUCGUUUUCGUUCUUGAUUUCGAACGAAAAUUAUACGGCAGCCCCUUCAGCGGAGACAGGCCUCGGGGACUUACCGGAAAGCUGUGCGGCGUCGGUUCUUGUGUACUUAGACCCACCGGAGAUAUGUAAACUUGCAAUUUUGAAUAGGGCUUUUAAUGGGGCUUCCUCUGCUGAUUUUGUGUGGGAGUCUAAAUUGCCUAAGAAUUAUGGUUCUGUUAUUCGAAGGGUUUCUGGAGAGAGUGAGAAUUUUUGUAAGGAUUUGUGUAAAAGAGAUAUUUAUUCCAGGCUUUGUCGACCUAAUUCUUUUGAUGGUGGCACAAAGAAAGUCUGGUUGGAUAAGAGAAGUGGAAAGAUUUGUAUGUCAAUAUCUUGGAAUGGGUUGGCAAUUACGGGGAUUGAUGAUAGGAGAUACUGGAGUAGGAUCCCGACCGAGGAAUCGAGGUUCCGUUCAGUUGCGUAUCUCCAGCAAAUCUGGUGGCUUGAAGUGGAUGGCGAGGUUGAGUUUCCAUUCCCAGCAGGGUCCUAUAGCCUGUUUUUCCGACUGCAGCUGGGACGUGCAUAUAAGAGGUUUGGAAGAAGACUUUGCAACUCCGAACAUGUUCAUGGUUGGGAUAAAAAGCCAGUGCAAUUCAAGCUCUCAACUUCAGAUGGACAGCAAGCUACAUCCCAGGUUCACUUGAAAGAACUUGGAAAAUGGAUUUACUGUCAUGCUGGGGAUUUUGUUGUUGCGGACUCUACCAAAUUGACUAAAGUCAAAUUUUCAAUGACACAAAUCGAUUGCACACACACUAAAGGUGGUCUUUGUGUAGAUUCUGUACUAGUGUAUCCUAUCACCGUCCAGCAGGAGCACGGGCUAGGGGUGUCGAAGGAGCUACCCAUUGAAGGCCAUCUCGCCAUAGUAAGAAAAUAUGACUUUGGCAUAUUUAGGAUGGCAAAGGAACAAGUGGCCAUCUGCGUCCCUAUCCCAUUGGAGUUAGAAGGGGGUGGGACGGGAGCACGGUGCACUGCCCGUCCACGGAGUUUUUGUACAGAUGACCCCGGCUGUUGA